AUGACCAUGAGCUCCGUCACCGAGAGCUUAUUGGGCUCCGACCCAUCCAAAACUUCUUUCCUGGAGCUCGGCCACCCCUCUCCUCCGCACUACCCGCUGCACGGCCUCCACCCCGCCGGCCACCCCCAGCACGACCCGUCGCCCUUCGCCUCCUACAGCCGGCCCGGCUCCUAUCCUUACCCCGGCGGUCCCCCCCCGCCGCCCCACGGCGGCCCCUACCUGCCCUACCCGCCCCAGCAUCCCCCGGCCGGGCUGGCCCAUGGCGCCGGGCUGCAGGACGCAG